CUCUCCCGGAUGGGUGAACUGGGUUCUCAGUUGUCUGUUGUGCUCAUACACUGCAGCUAGCGCGAGUCACAAAUCUUGUCGGUUAACGGUUAAUAAUCGGUUAACGAGGGUCGGUUAUCGGUUAAGAACAUUUUUCAAAAUGAGCAUCCCUUGUUCCAGUCCUAGUUGUCAGGCUGCAAUUGUCUUUCUAACUGUGGCAUUUGUUUUACAGACCAAGAGAAGAAUGAACAACGGUGGUGCCAAGAAGGGCCGUGGCCACGUGCAGCCCAUCCGCAACAUCGUGGAGGCUGCUGCCGUGAGAGACAUCUCAGAUGCCAGCGUCUUUGACUCCCACCACCCAGGUUCAGGCCUGCAAAGUCCUAUUUCACAGAGGAUGAUUUGACGAGUCACAGCAGGAAAAGCACAGGUGAAACUAAUAUGAUUAAUGGUUUUGUUACCUUCAGAUGAGUAGGUAAGCAGAGUGUUGGAACUGGCACACCUGAAUGCAAUCAUUAUUUGUUAACCUGUGUUUGACGAGUCACAUUCUCCACAGUGAGAAGCAUCUAUAUCAGAUUUGGAUCUUAAUCAUUUUUGUUUGUUUCUUUUG